AUGAAUUUCGAUCAAGGUGACAAAUCUGAGAAGGCAGGGAGUGUGAAGUCAAGACAACGAUCCAGAGCUGUGUCAUCAGAAAGCGGAGUAGACUUUAUCGAGUAUUCCACAGAUUCAAGUUCCAAUGAUCUCAGGGCACUGGCCCAGGCAUCUGAUUCCCAACGAAGUCCUAAAUCAGGAAAGAAAGCAAUGUAUGGGUCUCCAUCAUCUUUGCCAACUGGACCAAGGUUAUCAUCACCAUCCCCCUAUAAGGGCAAAACACCGACUGGUGUGGCUGGACAGCGACCACUAAAUAGACUAAGGGCUGGCAGAGGUAGAGCAAGAACAAGCUCCUGGACUAUUGACGGUGUUCUGAAAGAACCACGCCCAGCGAAGACAAGGGAUGAUAAUUUGAAAUUAGAAAUGCAGAGAUUACUGGAAGAAAAGCAGAGAGCAGAGGAACGUCUGAAAUUAAUUCAACAAGAGCAAAGUUUACAACAGAGAGAAAUCCAUGCAGAAGCUGAGAAGAUAGCCAAGAGUCUUGAGAAGAACUGA